AUGGAUAAACUUCGUCCUUGUAAACAAGCGAAGACCAAUAAUGCCACGAAAUCCAACGUCUCCGAAGAAGUGAGCAGUAUUGAGUGGGAGUUCAUAAAGAUGACUGAACAAGAAGAUGAUCUUAUUAAUAGGAUGUACAGGCGUGUUGGAGACAGGUGGAAUUUGAUAGCUGGUCGGAUUAUUCCAGGUCGUAAAGCAGAAGAAAUAGAAAGGUUCUGGUUAAUGAGACAUAAUGAAGCCUUUGCCAAGAAAAGAGAGGAGAAUGAAGCCCGCAACUAA